GGUUCUUUGUCCACGUAGGAUUGGGUGGGGCCCACCACUUGCCCUUUACCUAGGUAUAUAAAUUCAGUUCCAAGGAUCGUUGAAUUGCAAUUUCUAUACUCACCACACAAAAAAACAAUUGCAGUCGCCACCAGAGAAAAUAUAUAAAAAAAAAAUUAAAUGGCCAAAAUUCGCAUAAACCACCGGAUUCUGAAUUGUAAUAGCCGAGAGAUUGAGUUUUCCGGCGAGGCGCCGAUCAACUUAUCGGACGACACGGUAUUCCAGUUCCUGAGUGAAGAAUACGAGGGGCUAUCUCCGGCGAGCAGCUUCGACGAGAACGAAGAAGAAGAUACCGACGAGAAAGAAAACCAAAACGAUAACGAAAUCGAAAACCUAGGGGCGAAAAAUGAUAAUUUUUGGGAAUCUCAAUUUCAGCUGCUGCAAUCAACAAUAUGCAGAACGAGUUCAUUAGAAUCAAGAAUCAGAAAUAUAACAAAGGAAGCAUUAAACGAAACACAAAAUCCAGGCAACCUUUGCACCUGCGGUAAACCGGUAGACCAGGGUUGCCGGAAAUGUCGAAUGGAGGAGGUGUGCCGCCGCCUCCAAAUUGAAGGUUUCAAUACUGCAAUUUGCAAAACCAAGUGGAAGAGUUCGUCAGAUAUUCCCUCAGGGGAACACACGUUUUUGGAUGUAGUAGACAACUCAAACGCGAAGAAGGGAGAAGUGAGGGUAAUAAUCGAGUUGAUUUCCGGGCCGAAUCGAGAUGGCCGAGCGAGCGAAGAGUACAAUAAGCUGGUAAAGAGAUUGCCCGAAAUAUUCGUUGGCAAAAUUGAGAGACUUUUGGUGUUGUUAAAGAUUAUGUGCACAGCGGCAAAGAAGUGCAUGAAGGAGAAGAAAAUGCACUUAGGCCCGUGGAGAAAGCACCGUUACAUGCAAGCUAAGUGGCUCAGAUCUUGCCAGAGAUUGCCCGUUUCUCAGCCUUUCUCAUCUUCGGCGAGGCCGAUAAUUCCUAAGCCGAGUGUUGAUUUUGUGGAUAAUUUCUCGAAUUUGCAUAUACGACCCACGGUUGAAGUCGUUUGAGGUCGGAGAUUUUUUUUCUUUCUAGUUUUCGCUCUCUUUCCUUUUUUUUUUUUUUUUUUCUCGAAUGUGGUCUGUUUUUCGUGUAAGUUUUUUGGAAUUAAUAGUUGAGUUGAGGAAAGAUAUAAUUAGCUGUCUAAACUCAGACAGCUGAGAAAAGCUUGUUCUGUAAGAAGGAGAGUUGAAAGAAAUACAAAUGACAUGUUCAUAAUCUGAGAAGUUUAUUA